GGGGGUACAAUUCGAAAUUCAAAACGGAAAAAUGUAAUAAAUAAACCUUAUUUUCUUUCAAUAAAUAGAUUUGCAAUUAAAUAAAGGAAUGAUAAAUAUGAAAAUAAGGGCCUCUGCUCGUAAAAUUUGUGAAAAAUGUCGAUUGAUACGCAGGCGGGGACACGUUAUAGUAAUUUGUUCAAAUCCGAGACAUAAACAAAGACAAGGAUAAUAUUUCCACAAAAAGAGGACUUUUUUUUUUUAACCAGAUGCACAGAUAAAAUAAAUUUAGAUAAAAGAAAAAAAUAGUAUAAAUUUCAAUAUGAAAUCAUAAAAAAUAUGGCUAAACCUAUACCAAAAAUUGGUUCGCGUAAAAAUGGACGUAUUGGUUCGCGUAAGCAUGCUCGUAAAAUACCAAAGGGAGUUAUUCAUGUUCAAGCUAGUUUCAACAAUACCAUUGUGACUGUUACAGAUGUUCGGGGUCAGGUGAUUUCUUGGUCUUCCGCCGGUACUUGUGGAUUCAAAGGUACACGGAGGGGAACGCCAUUUGCAGCUCAAAUCGCAGCAGGAAAUGCUAUUAGAAUGGUAGCGGAUCAAGGCAUGCAACGAGCAGAAGUCAUGAUAAAAGGUCCCGGUCUCGGAAGAGAUGCGGCAUUAAGAGCUAUUCGUAGAAGUGGUAUAGUCUUAAAUUGUAUAAGGGAUGUAACCCCUAUGCCACAUAAUGGAUGUAGAUCUCCAAAAAAAAGACGUGUGUAA